AACAAACAUGUCAGCUGUCGCGAUGCUUCGGCGUGUUUUAUGCACUCAUUUUUCUGACUUAAUCGCUCACAAUGUGCCUGCCGCGUGUCAAAUUCAACCUAGUCGGAAUGCGGGAAUGUGGAAGCCUAAGAUCACACCUAAACCUGGCAUAAACGGUAAAUGUUGGCGUCGAAUCGUUCACUACAAGGACUCGUACACUGUGGAACCUUUGGAGGUUACUAACCUCGCUGGUCGUGAUCCCGUCUCAGGUCGCGUGGUGGCGAAGGGAAUCGGUGGAGGUAUAAAGCACAAAUAUCACUGGAUCAAUUGGAAAAGAGAAGGUCCAAAAAGUUUGGACGAGCCACCGAAAGAAGAGAAAGUAUUGGCGGUUUUUGAGGACGGUUGCAGAACUUCUUGGGUGGCUUUGGUGGCCAGUGGCAAUGAGAUGAAGUACAUUCUCGCAACGGAGAACAUGAAGCCUGGAAUGAUACUGAAAACGUCGCAAGCCAUACCGAGAAAUCCGGUGCGAGCGUUCGAGGGCGACGCUUAUCCUCUCGGCGCGCUGCCGCUGGGCACGAAGGUAAAUUGCGUCGAGAAAUAUCCCGGCUUGGGUGGUUUCCUUAUCCACGCAGCCGGUACGGAAGGCACAAUAUUGCGAAAAGAUGGGGAAGAUCGUAUAAUCGUACAAGUGCCGAGUAAGAGGACCUUCAGUCUUAGUCAACACUGCAUGGCGACGGUUGGACGACUAUCGAACGUCCUACACGGUUCAACCCCCGUCGGCAGUGCCCAACGCAAUCGAGAACUCGGAAAUCGUCCAAGGAGUGGCUUGUGGCAACGCAAGGACGGUUAUUGUGGACGCAAAAUUCGUCCGUUGCCACCGACUCGACGGUUCGACCUUUGCGAAAAAAAGCCAGACAACAUUUUGAAUCUGACGCUUGUCGUUUAGAGAGGCAACUUUAAGAAAGUUUAUGGACUCAAUAAUAUUUCAAAUAAACAUGUGAAUAGCUGUAAA